AUGGAGCCGGUUCCCGAAACAGAGCGAAUGGAGGAGUUUCGAUCUUCACCCCUUCCGAGUUUGAGACUGUCUGCCAUUGCGACGACUACCGGCGCCCCCGAGUCCGACUUGCCCCGAAAGCCUCCUACCGUCCGCCGAUCCACCGACCCGUCGCCGACAUCCCCCAUCUCACCGGCGUGGUUGCCUCCCACUCUGCCCUACCGACCCCGAGCAUCUUCACCACUGUCUAGCAACCAUGUGAGGUCUCGGUCGGCAGCAAGCUUGGCGCCGCCCAUGGCACGCACUCAGUCGAUGCCGAGCACAGGUGUCACUGGUCACCUCCUAUACUCUCCUCAUAUUCGGCCGCAGAGCCCCUCUGGGUCGCCCAGCCGGAUGCGGCUUCCACGAAAACCAGUCGAUGAAGCAUUCCCGCCCUCGCCGACCCGAGUUUCCGUCCUCGAUCACGAUAAAAAGACACCGGAGGGAUCGAGCCUACCGAACUUAGCCCUCGGAAUCACCCCAAUGACAUCGGUACCGAAGCUGCGCCGGCCCUCCUCGCCCCUUUGUCAGCCUGUGACCCUCGGCGCAACUUCCGCGCCGGUCACACCAUCUGCGAUUGCAGCCCUACCACCAUAUCGAUCAUACGAUACCCCGUCCAGCAGCUAUGGAUACUACCCAUCGUCUUCUGUGCCUUCAACCCCGACUUCUACGAGAUCCAGAAGCCCCAGCAUUUCCAGUCUCGAAACCAUUCCUGAUUCGCCGGACGCCGAGGAGGCCGCUUUGGAGGCCGAAAGAAUUGCUCAACUGAAAGCCGCCGUGGACGCUGCCGCGGGCGGGGAUACCAAAGGCAAGAGUAGCUUGGAUGUGCCCUCGCGCGGCCGAACUCUGAGUGGGUUCGGAUCUCGUGACAAGAGGAAGCGGUGGAGCUACGCCGCAUGGCUUAUCGGCCCGGCGCCGGCCUAG